GUGGAUCCCAACGGUCAUUCUCAUUGGUCAUUUCCUGGAUCCCUUCGGCCGAGAGGCAAAGCAUCAGAGUAAAAUGCAGACCACAGCCAUAGCUCCUUCUUCAAAUCCCUCCAUUUUCUUCAACCCACUUCUCAAUUUCACCAUUUCAAACCCCUUAAUUCCAUCCAACUCGCCAUUUCUCUCGACCCUUGUUGCAGUUUCCGAUGGAUUUCGGGCUCAAACAUCGAUCGUUUGCGCCAGGAAGAAGAGGAGGAGACCCGUGUUUCUGAGAUCGACCAAAUUAGUGCUUGAAUUGGCGUCUCUCUUUGCCUCCAAUCUUAAGAUCUUACCGCCGCCUCUGGAUUUGGUCGUUGCGGAAUUGAGCGGCGGAAAUGGUAAUGGAGGUGGUUCGCGGUUGUGGAGGAGUUUUGGUGGAGGCGGCUAUGAUGGAUGGAGAGGUAAGAGGAAGAAAACCCCAUUGUUGAUUGGGUUUUUGAUUCUUUGUGGUCUUGCUUUGUGCGUUUUCACUGAUUUUGAGCUCGAUGCGAUUUGUGGAGCUCUUGGAUUUGCUCUGUUUAGCGUUGCAUUGAUUCAAUUGUGGCAGAGAAGUGGGAUUUCGAAACAUUUCGUUUGGGGAUUUGGCCUUUUCGGCAUUUUGAUUGCCUUGGGAUUGAGAAGAUCUGAGGUGCAAAAAUGGGCUGGAAAAUUAGGGUUUUACCGUCCAAAGAUCAAGAGUUUGAGAAGAAAAAUUGAAGGCAGCUAAGAGGUCUUGUUCGAGUGUUGAAAGAACGAAACUCCUACCCUUUGCAGGGUAUAUGUUCAACAAGUCCGGCAACCC